AUGUACUGCCUUCAGGACUGCCUACAAGGCAAGGCAGAGGCUCUCUGCUGUUCAGAACUUCAGCUCCAAGGGCUGAAGUCCCCGGGGGAGAACAUGACGGGCUGCCACGAGGACUGGAUGAAUUUUUCACCUCCCUUAGCGGAGGAUGUGGCUGUGCUGUCAUGGCACAGAGUGCAGGAGGUGGAAGAGGAGAAAACAAGCAUUGUGCAGACACCUUUUGCUCCUCCAGAAGUGCUGAGCGUGGGAAGCAUGCAGUGUCCCUCGGACGGUGACAGCAGCCCCUGCAUCCUGGCCUCGAGUCGCAGCGACACGGAUCCGGAGAGUGAGGAGAAAACCUGUGCCGUGUGUGGGGACCGUGCCACGGGCUACCACUUCCAUGUCAUGACAUGCGAAGGCUGCAAGGGCUUCUUUCGGCGGACGGUCAUCAAGGACAUCCAGUUCACCUGCCCGUUCUCCCGAAACUGCAGCAUCACCAAAGCCAAGCGGCGCCAGUGCCAGGCCUGCCGCUACGAGAAGUGCCUGUCCUCUGGCAUGAGGAAGGACAUGAUCAUGUCGGAGGCCGCCUUGCGGGAGCGCCGGGCCCUGCGGCAACAGAAGCACCAGCAGCUGCGUCCCACGGCGGAGCUGGCCACGGAAAAAGGCCUCACGGCCGAGCAGGAGCAGCUGAUCGGGGUCCUCACCGAAGCGCACAAGAAAAACUUCGACUCCAGCUUCUCGCAGUUCGUCAACUACCAGACGCCGGUGCGCCUGUCCAUCCACAGCCCGAGACCGUGGAGUCCCGCACCUGACCCGUGUCUUCCGUCGUGCCCCUCGAGUCCCCAGGAGCCCAUGGAGGAGGUGCUACCGGAUGUCUUCUCCAUGUUGCCGCUCUUUGCCGACCUCAGCACCUACAUGAUUCAACAAGUGAUCCAGUUUGCCAAAGCUAUCCCGUCUUUCAGAUGUUUGCCAAUCGAUGACCAGAUCUCGCUUCUGAAGGGGUCCGCCCUCGAUGUGAGCCUGAUCCAGUUCAACACCUUCUUCGACGAGGAGACCAUGUCCUGGGCAUGCGGUCCCCACUGCUACACCAUCAAGGAUGGCGCCUUGGCGGGGUUCCAGCAGGUUUAUCUGGAGUCACUUCUGAAGUUCCACAUCAGUCUGAAGAGGCUGUGCUUGCAUGAGACUGAAUACAUCCUGCUACAGGCUUUGGUGCUCUUCUACCCAGAGCACCCGAACAUCCUGCGGCGAGAGGAGAUCGACCGCGCCCAGGACAAAAUCGCCCUCACUUUGAAGCGCCACAUCGACCAGCAGCACCCUCCGUCCGAAGGCAGGUUCCUCUUUGCCAAGCUUGUCCUGCUGCUGACAGAGCUACAGACCCUCAAAGCUGAGAACACGCGUCAGAUCCUGCACUUCCGGGACACCCAGAACCUCACCUCCAUGACGCCGCUGCUGUCGGAAAUCAUCAGCUAAAGCCUGAAUUGAGGAGGGUCUCGAUGGUGUUUCGCGGCUCCACGAGCCCCUUCCUCAGCUCCGGAGGACGGGACUUGCAAGCGUUCCUCGGAAGGAAUAUGCUUCCGAGGCGUGGGAGUGAAGGGGAAGGUAAGAAACAGGGCCGGGUCACUCCGCUCAGGCUCGGCAUCAGGGUGGGCCUCUCGUCCGAGCGAGAGGAGCCCCAGAUUGGCCGAUCCCCCUUGGCACCUUUGCCAGGUGCUCCAUCCACACCUGGCCCA